UACCUGCACCUGCAAAUAAUUUGACCUAGGUCAUCCAUUAACAACACUGAUUGCGCAGGUUAAUUUUUCAUCAGUAAUAUAUACGUUGACCCAAGGCAUUAUGUGACGUUUUGAGGCAACGGAAGAGAGACAAGAUGUAUCAAGAAAUCCUCUCCUUUCUGUCUGUCUUCGCAGUUAUUGUGGGGCGUUUACAUGGCGCGCCACACCUAUCGGAAGUAGGAAUCGUGUAUUACCAACCAGAGCAAGUACAUUUGGCGUAUGGGGAGUCUCCAGAUCAGAUGGUUGUGACAUGGGUCACUUUGUCUCAGACAAACUCUUCUCUAGUGGAAUAUGGGAUCAGGAGCCUGGAGAAUGCUGCUAAAGGCAGCGAGACAAUGUUCCAAGAUGGCGGUUCUGAACACAGGAAAUUGUACAUUCAUCGCGUGACAGUAACUGGACUGAAACCAGGACAGAAAUACAUGUACCACUGCGGCAGUCAAUAUGGCUGGAGCAGUCUCUUUACCUUCACAGCAAUGAGGACGGACCCAGCCUGGAUCCCCAGGGUGGCGGUAUAUGGAGACAUGGGCAAUGAAAACCCACAGUCUCUGGCCAGACUACAGCAGGAAACACAGAAAAGAAUGUACGAUGCUAUUUUUCAUAUUGGUGACUUUGCAUAUGACAUGGACUCGGAUAACGCCAGAGUUGGUGAUGAAUUCAUGCGUCAGAUAGAGUCGGUAGCUGCAUACAUACCUUACAUGGUGACAGUAGGAAACCACGAGAGUCCAUAUAAUUUCUCCAACUACAGGAAUAGAUUCAGCAUGCCUCGGGCAGGUGGAGAUGGAGAGAGCUUGUUUUACAGUCUGAAACUUGGCAAGGCUCAUAUAAUAGGGUUUUCCACAGAAGUUUACUUUUAUUUAAAGUAUGGUUUUCACAUGGCGCUGAACCAAUACCGCUGGCUGGAGAGAGAACUACAGGAAGCCAACAAACCAGAGAACAGAGCAGAGAGACCCUGGCUAAUCACCAUGGCUCACAGACCCAUGUAUUGCUCCACCAAUGACUAUGAUGACUGCACUUUCUCCAUCAGUAGGAUAAGAACAGCCUUAGAAGGCCUUUUUUACAAGUCUGGGGUAGACCUGAUGCUCUGGGCCCAUGAGCACAUAUAUGAAAGACUUUGGCCUAUAUACAACAUGAAGGUGUGUAAUGGCAGCAAUGCCUACCCAUACACUAACCCUGGGGCACCUGUUCACAUAAUUACUGGAUCUGCGGGCUGCAAGGAAAAACACGACCCGUUCAAGCCUCCGCCAUAUUGGAGUGCCUUCCGCAGCAGCGACUAUGGCUACACCAGGAUGACUAUUACCAAUGCUACUCACUUGUAUUUUGAGCAGGUGUCAGAUGACCAGGGAGGAGCAGUGACUGACAAAUUUCAUGUGAUAAAGCAGAAACAUGGGGCUGGAUCCUUUACUUGCUCAUGAAUUAAAGGUACAUACGAACCGAGUAUCGGUGGAGCGUGGAUUCCCAGUAACGCAUGUAAACCACUUCUACAAAAAAUUGACUUUAAGAGUAAAACGGUGCCAUUUUUACAGAGGUGGGAGGGAAGAUGGAUACACCAGAUGUUAAAAUUUUGUGGAUCACGUGAAAUGCAAUUGAGUAAUUUGUUACUGUGGAAAUUUUCCUUUCUAUGGUUUCUA